GUGAGCCCCAUGUUCGCGUCUUCUCCAUCUUCCUUGAGGAUUAGCUGUUUCUGAUACUCCAGAGACCCUAGCAAUGGCGUCCUCUCUCGCAUCAAAUUUCCAAACCAGCAAUUUUCGCUCCGUAUUUUUGGGAGAUGGAAGAGGGUUCCGAGCCUCCAGGGCUCAUGUUGUCAAUGUGGGUUUCUCUAGUAAGACCGUGGAGUGCAAGGAAUCAAGGAUAGGAAAGCAGCCUAUUGCGGUGCCAUCCAAUGUAACCAUUACAUUAGCGGGUCAGGAUUUGAAAGUGAAGGGUCCAUUGGGAGAGCUCUCGCUGACUUAUCCACGCGAAGUGGAGGUUAAGAAAGAGGAUUCCGGUUCACUGAGGGUCAGAAAGACGGUUGAAACCAGACGAGCCAACCAGAUGCAUGGGCUUUUCAGGACACUCACAGACAACAUGAUAGUGGGAGUGUCAAAGGGUUUCGAGAAAAGGCUCCAACUUAUCGGUGUGGGAUAUCGAGCAAUGGUUGAAGGAAAAGAGUUGGUUCUGAAUCUCGGGUUUUCUCACCCUGUGAGGAUGGAAAUACCGAAUGACCUCAAAGUGAAAGUGGAAGAAAACACGAGAAUCAUUGUCAGCGGAUAUGAUAAGAGUAACAUCGGACAGUUUGCGGCUACGGUUAGGAAGUGGAGGCCUCCGGAGCCGUACAAGGGUAAGGGAGUUAAGUAUGCCGACGAAGUUGUCCGUAGGAAAGAAGGCAAAGCUGGGAAGAAGAAGUGAUAUUGUUUCCAGUUUUUUGUGUACACUCACUUCACUCACUUGUGUUUAUUAUGUUCAUCAUCUAUCCAUGUGUAUGUUCAGAUUUGUUCAGAAGUAGAAUUCUUUCUUUUGGAUUCUGGAAAUUUUAUGGAAUGAAACCCAGAUGCUCAAGCUCUUGAGAUUUCAAGAA